AUGCUCAUGACCGCUGUGCUGCACUGUAUCGAGCAUGCUGUGCACAUGGUGUUGCUGCUGCUUGGAGUGGAUGCCAGCGCUGUGCAGAUCUACAACGACCAGGCGGAUGACCUCCUUGACGAUUCUCGACAGAAUGUCUCGGUUCAGAGCGCCGGCGCAACGUCGCUCACCUGGCAGAGGUGCGACGCGCCCCACGAUCUCACAGCCCUGGUGCACCGAGCUCGCCAGAGCCUGGUCUACGCAGAGACGCGGAUGAACAAGGCCUCCAGUCGGAGCCACGCGAUCUUCCAGCUGAGGAUCCGGCGACGCAUUUCCUCCGAGGAUCGCGUGACAGGCACCUGCUCUCUUCUGCGCAUUGUGGACCUGGCCGGUUCCGAAAGGACGAAGAAGAGCCAGGUUGAGGGCCUUCGUCUCAAAGAGACGAACGCAAUCAAUCGGAGCUUGCUGGCCUUGGGAAAUGUGGUCAAUGCCUUGGCUUUCCGGAAGCAACACGUCCCGAUCCGGGACAGCAAGCUCACGCUGAUGCUGUCCGACUCGCUGGGCGGAAACUGUAAGACUGCAAUGCUCGUUUGUGUGGGGCCCUGUGCCUCCCAUGCUGCCGAGACGCUGAGCAGCUUGGAGUUUGCCUCCAGAGCUAUGCACAUUGAAGUCCACGCCUGCGUCAACGUGUUGCCCUCCGCUCCCGCCGAGCCCUGGGUGGAGGGAUACGUGCGGGGCCUCUCCGAGCAGGCCGAAGGCUUCCGCCUGGCCGCCGCCCAAGGUGCCGAGCGCGCAGCCAAGGCCGAGGAGGCCCUGGGCGAGGCAGAGCGUCGCCGAAGCGAAGUCGAGUCGAGGACGAACCUGGUCUGA